UUACAGGUAAUAGGGAAAUCGCGUUGGUGAUCUAAAAUGGUGGGAGGUGGAAGCAGGAGGGAUGAAGGUUCGUUGGUUUUGAACAACACGAACGUGUUUGCGGCGCUGGACACGCUCAAGAAGAAGAAGAAGUCCGAUAAGGACCGCAAGACCAAGGGCUCCUCCACCAAAUCCCAGGGCCAGUCCACCAAAACCGAGGCCCAAGUCUUUUGGGCCCCUGCCCCGUUGAACGCCAAAUCUUGGGCCGACGUAGAUGACGACGACGAUUACUAUGCCACCACGGCACCGCCCCAAUCUGUGUGGAGCGUUCCCGAACCUCAUCACAGUAAGGAUGUCCAACAUGGAAACUUUGAGGAUAGUGAGAGUGAGGAGGAUAUUUUGGAUGAAGGGGAUGAUGAGGUGGAGGAAGAGCAUGAUCACGAACCAGAAGAAUCUGUGAAAUCUGAACCUGAGGUUAAGAAGGAAACUGAUGUUUCUGUGCCGCCACCAAAGGAGGUAGAACGACAGCUCACCAAAAAAGAAAGGAAGAAGAAGGAACUUGCAGAGCUUGAGGCUCUUCUUGCUGAUUUUGGUGUGGCACCGAAACAAAGUAACGAUGGUCAAGAGGAGUCGCAAGGUGCUCCUCAGGAUAAGAAAGGUGUUGAGACUGAUGGAGAUGUUGAAAAGAAGGAAAAUGCUAAUGCAGAGUCCAAAACUUCCAAGAAGAAGAAGAAGAAGGAUAAAGCUUCUAAGGAGGUGAAAGAAUCUCAAGAUCAACCCAACAGUUCAGAAACAAACAACGGGCCUGCUUUGGCCUCAGGCUCUGAAAAUGUGGAGGUGGAUAAAUCUACUGUUGAUGUAAAAGAGCGUCUUAAGAAAGUUGCUUCUACAAAGAAGAAGAAAUCUAAUAAAGAAAUGGAUGCUGCUGCAAGAGCUGCUGCUCAAGAGGCUGCUGCAAGAAGUGCAAGGCUUGCUGCUGCAAAGAAAAAAGAGAAGAACCAUUAUAACCAGCAACCUGUGCGGUAAAAGAACCCUGCUCCUUAACAUCAAUACAGGAAUUUGUAUUUCUUGUUCAUAUGAUGAUGCCGAAUAAAUAGUGGGCUUUAGGCUCUGGUGAGUGAUGAUGACUCUAGUCGUAUUCCAGGUAUGGGACCUGGGCAAUUUUCAUCUAGCUUUUUUGGAAAUUAGUGUUGUUCAAUUGUUCUGGACUUGCUAUAUUGGCACAGAAAAUUUAGCUUUUAAAUAUUACCCGAACUACACAGCUGAGUAUUGUAGUUCUCAUAUGUUCGACCUUGUGGCUGAUGAUCAAUUAGUUCUGACUGAGAGAAGUUUAUGUUUAUCUAUAGAAAAUGCUGUUCGCAUUUAAGGUUAUUUUAAACCUUGUGAAAUUGAUCCAAUUUGUUUGA